GGUCAGUUUUAUUCUCCCCAUUUUACAGAGAAAGACAAGAAAGGUUAAGCCAUGUAGAUGGAACAGGCUGAUGCUGGAAUGGACACCCUCAGCUUCCUCAGCCACCCCCAGGUUGACUCCAUCACUGAGGCCCAGGGUCCCAGUGCCCCACAGCUCUGGGAGCUGCUAUUUGGCAGGGGCUCCCAGGAGAAGGUGAAGCUUAAUGAUUUAUGGGUGAUUAGCUCAAGAACGCAAGCACAGAAGAGACAAACCUUUCUGCCUUGGAGAUGUGUUACAAGCCAACCAGUUAUUUUCCAUCCCUGUGAAGCAGGGAUAAUUGGAGGUCUGACGGAAGAGCUUCCCAGUCCCCAGAAGGGGCAGCGCUGAUGCACUCUCUCUUAGUUUUGAGUAAGGUGUUGCCCCUGCCUUGGUCAACAGUCUGAGUGAGAGAGAGGGCCACUGGGCACCAUCCCCACCAGAGGUUCCCAUUCACGAGACCCCAUGGGUGCUGGGGGAGGCCCUGGGGCAGCAGGCCUGGGGUAACCAAGGGAACAAACACGGAAAACCAGGGACGGCAGUCCUUAUCUGGAGCUCAUUAAAUGGGGAACAUUAGUCAGCUGUGAAGGCCAAGAUGGGGUGAUAGGCACGCGGGUGGGCUGGGAAGGACCACGGGGGCAGAGGCCGCCAUGGAGGAGAAGAGGUAUUGGCCUCAACAACUCCACCUCCCGGCCAUGUGCCAAGAUCCAGGGCGGAAGGACCCUAUAAAUGCCCAUGACCCAGGCUCCCCAGAGGCCUUCAGAAAGAGAGGAGAGAGAGUGAGAGAGAGUGCAGGGAGCCUCCUGGCCCUGUGACGGCUGGGCCAGCCACACAGGGCUUAGCAUGUGGGAGCUCCGCUCCAUAGCCUUCUCCAGGGCCGUGUUCGCAGAGUUCCUGGCCACGCUCCUCUUCGUCUUCUUUGGCCUCGGCUCGGCCCUCAACUGGCCACAGGCCCUGCCCUCUGUGCUACAGAUCGCCAUGGCAUUCGGCCUGGGUAUCGGCACCCUGGUACAGGCUCUAGGUCAUGUAAGUGGGGCCCAUAUCAACCCCGCCGUGACUGUGGCCUGCCUAGUAGGCUGCCAUGUCUCUUUUCUCCGGGCCGCCUUCUACGUGGCUGCCCAGCUGCUGGGGGCUGUGGCCGGGGCCGCUCUGCUCCAUGAGAUCACACCAGCAGACAUCCGUGGGGACCUGGCUGUCAAUGCUCUCAGCAACACCACGACGGCUGGCCAGGCAGUGACAGUGGAGCUCUUCCUGACGCUGCAGCUGGUGCUCUGCAUCUUUGCCUCCACCGAUGAGCGCCGUGGAGAAAACCCAGCCACCCCUGCUCUCUCCAUAGGCUUCUCCGUGGUCCUGGGCCACCUCCUCGGGAUCCACUACACCGGCUGCUCUAUGAAUCCCGCCCGCUCCCUGGCUCCAGCUGUCGUCACUGGCAAAUUUGAUGACCACUGGGUCUUCUGGAUCGGACCCCUGGUGGGCGCCAUCCUAGGCUCCCUCCUGUACAACUACGUGCUGUUCCCGCCAGCCAAGAGCUGGUCGGAGCGCCUGGCGGUGCUGAAGGGCCUGGAGCCGGACACGGACUGGGAGGAGCGCGAGGUGCGGCGGCGGCAGUCGGUGGAGCUGCACUCGCCGCAGAGCCUGCCGCGGGGCAGCAAGGCCUGAGGGCCGCC